GCGACAGUGCUGCGAGCUCAGUCUAGCAGCAAAAGUCCAGCAGUCCGGUUCCAAGCGAUCACAGUUUUGAAUCUUGGAUUUUCGAAUUUGGAUUGUAUUGGAUUUUGAAGUAUUUUUUCUUUUUUUUUUUUGAAAAAAAAAAAUAAAACUAGUCACUACUUGGACACCGCAAAGUCAAGCAGAGUUAACAAGAUGUCGCAGCCACUUAAGUUCUACUUUGAUUUCCUGAACCAAUCGAGCCGGGCGCUCUAUAUCCUUUUGGAAGCAUCCAAAAUUCCCUUCGAGGCCAUUCCCAUAUCGAUGCUGAAAGGUGAGCACUUGACUGGCGAGUUCCGGGACAAUGUCAACCGGUUCCGCAAGCUGCCUGCAAUCACAGAUCAUGGCUACCAGCUGUCCGAGAACGUGGCCAUCUUCCGGCAUCUGGCUCGCGAGAAGCUGGUGCCAGAGCACUGGUAUCCACGACGUCAUCUUGGUCGCAGCAGGAUCGAUGAGUAUCUGGCUUGGCAGCAGACUAACAUGGGCGUAGCCACCACUGAGUAUUUCCAGCAAAAGUGGCUGGUGCCUUAUCUGCAGAAGACUCGUCCCGCUGAUAAUGCGGUGAAUCUCGCUAGCAAGCAGCUGGAGCACACGCUCAACGAGUUCGAGCAGCUUUUCCUUAACUCCCGCAAGUUUAUGCUGGGUGACAACAUCUCCUUUGCGGACCUCAGCGCCAUCUGCGAGAUCGAUCAGCCCAAAUCCAUCGGCUACAAUACGUUCCAGAAUCGCAACAAGCUUGCCCGUUGGUAUGAGACGGUCCGCGAAGAGCUUGGUCCCCACUACAAGGAGGUUCUUGGGGAGUUCGAGACCAAGCUGAAGGGCAGCGGCAGUGGGCAGCAGCAGGCUCAGGCGGUGAAGCAAUAGCCGAGGGAUCCAUCCACCCUCGGACCGUCCACAAAUCUUGUUUAGUUCCCUAAGACAAUCGACUAUUUAAUCCCUAUUUUUUUUUUAAUCGUAUACAUAUUUACCUUUUGUGAUUAUAUUUUUGGUUUUCCUAUCCAAUAAGUUUUAACCUUCCUAAAAGUCUUUCGUCGUCUACCUUUUUCUUUUGUUAACCCUAGUAAUGUUUAGCAAUGCUCAUUUGUAAGUCUCUGUCUUUCUGUCAUACCUACGAAAAAAAAACUUAUUAUAAUAUUAGAACUUAGUUGUUAAUUAUGAAUCCUAAUUAUACGUAUAUAAAGAACGCUUAUGAUUGUUAAA